AUGUACUGUUUGGUAUUGGGGUUAGCUGUGCUGGCAGCGACUGCACCGCCUGCCUGUGCAACAGACUCCUACGACUAUGUAAUUGUCGGUGCAGGCACAGCUGGGAAUGUUUUGGCAAACCGACUGUCUCAAAACCCCAAACUCUCAGUUGCAGUCAUCGAUCCCGGUGCUGAUCAACGAGGCAACCCGAACAUUACAAACCCGAUAGCCUGGAUAAACAACUUGGGGAGCUCAACCGAUUGGGCGUACCAAACAAUUCCCCAAGCUAACGCAAGCGGUCGUGUAAUUGGAUUUGAUGCGGGAAAAGGUAUUGGGGGCACAAGUUUGAUCAAUGGAGAGGCAGGCAUGACCUAUAUUCGUGGAGAUAAGGCGCAAUUUGAUGCCUGGGAGCAGUUUGGAAAUACCGGUUGGAACUGGGACACAAUGCUAAAGUAUUAUAAAAAGGUCGAAAAGAUCUUCCCACCUAGCCCGGCGGAGACCAAGGUUGGAGCGUCCAUUGAGCCCCAGUAUCAUGGGACGAAGGGUGAACUUCAUGUGGCUUUCAGCCCUGCCCUUGAAAAAGGCUCGCUAUACGAUAUUCUGAAAAGAACGUGGGCCGUGCUGAAGCAAGGCGUAAACAAAGAUCUCAACAGCGGGAGUACCAAAGGCUUCAGUGUUUGGCCGCAAACUCUAGACCCCAAGGAAAAUAAACGCUGGGACUCUGCUACUGCAUUCUACUGGUCUAUACAAAGUCGGCAAAAUCUCAAGCAUAUCAAUGGUACUGUGUCCAAGUUGCUAUGGAAAGACGGCCAGACGGGUUCCGGUGUUGAAGCCACAGGUGUGGAAUACAUUGGACCAGAUGGCAAGAAGAAGACCGGCAAGGCCAAAAAGGAAGUCAUCAUCUCGGCGGGAGCCUUACGAACACCACUCGUUUUAGAGCAGUCUGGUGUCGGCAACCCUCGUCUACUCAAGCAGAAAGGUGUCGAGCUAGUGGUCGAUUUACCAGGAGUAGGAGAAAACAUGAUUGACCAGGCACUGAGUACGCUGUUCUAUACUACCAAUGCCACAAUCACAGGCUACACUCCAUACGGUACCUUUGUAACCGCAAAAGAUAUUUACGGCAGCAAUGUCGGCAAAGUUGCAAAAGAGACCAAGGCUAAACUUGGUGAAUGGGCCCAGCAGCUAUCACGGGCCAGUCAAGGUGGGAUGAAGGUUUCCGCCCUCGAGCGUAUAUUCGAGAUUCAGCACGACGUCAUUUUCAACAAGCAUGCCACCCUCGCUGAGAUUCUCUCGGUAGCCCAGGGAGACAAAAUUGGCAACUCAUACUGGCAUCUGAUACCCUUUGGUCGCGGCAGCGUUCACAUGAGCUCAGUCGAAGACAUUAACAAACCAAUCAUAGACCCCAAGUACUUUUUUAUCGACUUCGACAUGACUACCCAGGUCGAGUCAGGCAGAAUAGGUGUCAAGUUUUGGUCAACAUCCCCGGUAAAGGAAAUCAUCGUGGGCCAAUUCGCACCCAACGCAACCGUAUUGCCACCAGGUGCUACGGACGAGCAGUGGAAGAAGUAUCUCUCUGACUCCAGUAACUCCAACUCGCACGCAAUCGGAACAGCUGCCAUGAUGUCCAGGGAGCUAGGUGGUGUAGUGGACUCCAAGCUCAAGGUAUACGGGACGAAGAACGUGAGGGUCGUAGAUGCGUCUAUCUUGCCAAUGCAAUUUAGUGGACAUUUGACGGCGACUAUCUACGCUGUUGCGGAUCGGGCAUCCGAAAUUAUUCUCGGGCACGCCAACUGA